UGAUCACUGACUAACAGUGACUUCCUCUUUAGAAGAAUAUAAGAUGCUUCUCGUGUGUUAAUCGUGAUUUUAGCUGCGAUCAAGAGUCGUGAAGAUGUCGUGCGGUGGACUCUCUGAGGUUUUCAAAGCAGACGGAGUAACCCAGUUGAUCUGUGACGCUAUGAAGUCCAAGGCUGAAGUAAAGGCAGGGAAGAACUACGUCGUGUUCACAGCCAAGUCGUACAAGACGCAGCUUGUGGCCGGGACCAACUACUUCAUUAAGGUCCAUGUGGGAGGAGAAGAAUAUGUUCAUCUCCGCGUUUACAGCCAACUGCCAUGGGAUGGAGAAACCCUUCAGCUGAAUAAGAUGCAGCAAAACAAACGCGGCGACGACCCCAUUGUGCCUUUCUAAAGGGACCACAAACCAAACAAAGCAUCAUAUCAGUGCCUACAGGCUGUUCAAUCAACUAAUCUCACAUUACCUCGGCUCUGUAUUAAACAAUGUUACCCAACAUCUAAUUGUAUACUAUCUUAGUAUUGUAGUUCAUGAUGUUAGGAGAAUGUCAACAAAUUUUUGUUUGCCGUGAAUUAAUUAAAGAAAAUUGAAUAAA